AGUAGCAUUAUUUUAGUUGUAUGUGGAAGGCGUUUGAUGGCCGGCUAACUGCAGUGAAGUGUUAUCUUUGCGGCGUCAGUGUUGUCGUCUGCUGACACUGCUGUGAGUGUUGUUUGUUUCUGUCGGUCGGGUAGACGCGGUAAACAGACAGACUUUUUGUGAGUUAGAAAAAUGUCGGCUAAGCUAAAUGUUCAUUUGCAAGAAGUUCCAAGGACCUUCCCCACUUUUCAAAGGCCUGAGGUAUUAGGUUACUACAGUCUCAACACAGAGCGUCAGUUUUGUGAUGACUUAUCAGAAUUAAAGUAUCUUGUUCCCCACCACAGACGGAAACGAAAACACAACCUUAAUUACAAGAUUGAAGAUAUUGUUAAGAAAGAUGAAGAUGUCAAUGAGAGGCUGGACACGAUAUUGCAGUGGAUUCUCCGCAAUGCUCAUAAUUUGAAAGAUGACAGCGGAACUAGGUUACGCACAGAUUUUGUAUGCUUCCGUGGUCUUCUUACUAUGCUUAUUUGUACACCUUAUGAGACAAGAGAUGACUGGAUAAUAUGUGCAACAAAGUGGAAAGGUACAAUUUAUCUGUGUGCUUUUGAAACAGAAGAUGCAAAAAGACAGCGUUUGCAGGCCUCUGAACAUCAGAAGAAAUGUAUGGCUUGGGGCAGGAAAUUUGAGCAACAUAUGGCAACAGCACGUCCUGGAGGCUGCCCAGAUAUAGAGCAGCCCAUUAAUGAGAAAGCAGAGUUUUGUGUGGCUUUCCAGUCAAAACUGAAAAAUCAUAGUCUUCUGUACUGUGCAGAAAUGGACUGUGUGAAAACAGAUACUGAGAUAAAAGACCUAAAAGAAUUACAGAAGACUGAAUUUGUGGAAAUAAAGACAAGCAGGAUCAUCACACAUCCAGGGCAAUACAGAAGUCUUAAAAGGUUCAAAUUCAUGAAGUGGUGGGCACAAAGCUUUCUGGUGAACAUAAAUUGUAUUAUUUGUGGAUUUCGUAAUGAUGAAGGUAUUGUAGAGGAAGUUCGAGAAUAUAUGGUUCCAGAGCUUGCCAAAACAUCGAAGGAUACAUGGAAUGCAGCAGCUGGUUUAAAUUUUUGUGAAACAUUUCUCGACUUUGUGAAAAAUACUGUAAAGGAGGAAUCCCUUGAAGUUGUGUGGAAGUUUGAUUGGGGUCCAAACAGAGAUGUCUGUGGAGUGAAGCUAACAGGCAUAACUGAUUUUUCCAUUCUUCCCCUAUGGUAUACAGACAACUUGAUCUUGUCUGCUUCAUAACACAAGGAACUGUUCAGAGCUGUACACUGGUGCGACAGAAUGCAGUUUCCACAUUCAGAACAAAGGAUGUCAAUAUAUGUUGCUAUUAACUUCCUGGAACAUCUGCAAUAACAACAGUGCACACAAAAUAUAUUCAGCAUAGACAACACUGCAUAUUUUGAUGUCUGUGAAGGUUGCAUACUGGACUUACAGCGGUGGAUCACUUAGCGGUGCAAAUAUGAAUAGUACUUAAGUUUGCAGUCCAUUGUGAACAAGUUUACAUUGUUUAUUUUGUGGUUGGAAUUGACAUAUAUUUUGUAAAUAUUGACAGUGUGCUUUAACAUACAAUAUCUAAUGUAAUUUUAGUAGCUGUGGCAUUCUUUUUUGUCGCACUGCUCAAUAUGGCUAAUUGUUUUGGCAGUAUUUUAUCGGAUCUUUUGGUAAUUGUAUCGGAUCUUCUUUGACACACACAUCCAUAUGUUAUUGCGUAUGGAGAUGGGAGUGAGCUCCCUUAAAUGCAUUAUAGUCAGUCGUGUAAUAAAACUGAGACUGAUCACAGAAAA